AUGGCCCUGGGACAGAGGCUGUUCAUCACUAUGUUCCAGGGAGUAGGACGUGUUCAGGGCACGCUGCAGACUCUCGUCUUCUUAGGCGUCCUAGUGGGCAUGGUGGUGCCCUCACCUGCCGGCGCCCGCGCCAACGGCACACUCCUGGACUCCCGAGGCUGGGGCACCCUCUUGUCCAGGUCCCGAGCUGGGCUAGCUGGAGAGAUUUCGGGUGUGAACUGGGAAAGUGGCUAUUUGCUGGGCAUCAAGCGGCAGCGGAGACUCUACUGCAACGUGGGCAUCGGCUUCCACCUCCAGGUGCCCCCCGACGGCCGCAUCAGUGGAACACACGAGGAGAACCCCUACAGCUUGCUGGAGAUUUCCACCGUAGAGCGGGGUGUGGUGAGUCUCUUCGGUGUGAAAAGCACCCUCUUCAUUGCCAUGAACAGUAAAGGAAGACUGUACACCACGCCCAGCUUCCAAGAGGAAUGCAAGUUCAGAGAAACCCUCCUCCCAAACAAUUACAACGCUUACGAGUCAGACCUGUACAGAGGGACCUACAUUGCACUGAGCAAAUAUGGCCGGGUAAAGCGGGGCAGCAAGGUGUCCCCAAUCAUGACUGUCACUCACUUCCUCCCCAGGAUAUAA